AGCUCCGCCCCUGCGCGGAGGGCGGAGCCUACUGAAGUCCCAACGGGAAGCCCUUUUUAUUUGGGCCGCUCAGUCUCGUCGCUUGCUUCAAUUCCCCUGGUUAACAACCUUUUUUUGUCUGCAUUAAUUUCGGUGUCUUUUAUGAAUAAUCAAAAGCAGCAAAAGCCGACGCUAACAGGCCAGCGUUUCAAAACGAGGAAAAGAGAUGAAAAGGAGAGGUUUGACCCUACUCAGUUUCAAGAAAGUAUCGUACAAGGCUUGAAUCAAACUGGCACUGAUUUGGAAGCGGUUGCAAAGUUCCUCGAUGCCUCUGGAGCCAAGCUCGACUACCGCCGGUAUGCAGAGACACUGUUUGACAUCCUGGUGGCCGGCGGCAUGCUGGCCCCAGGCGGCACUCUGUCUGACGACAUGACCCGCACCGAGUUCUGCCUCUUCACGGCACAAGAAGACCUGGAGACGAUGCAAGCUUAUGCUCAGGUUUUUAACAAGCUGAUCAGGCGUUACAAGUACCUGGAGAAAGGUUUUGAGGAGGAGAUCAAAAAGUUGCUGCUGUUUCUGAAGGGGUUCACCGAGUCUGAGCGCAACAAACUGGCCAUGCUGGCCGGCAUCCUGCUGGCCAACGGCAGCAUAUCGGCCUCCAUCCUGAACAGCCUCUUCAACGAAAACCUCGUCAAGGAGGGAGUCUCUGCAGCUUUUGCUGUCAAGCUCUUCAAAUCAUGGAUCAACGAAAAGGACAUCAACUCAGUUGCUGGUAGUCUCCGCAAAGUUGGCAUGGACAACAGGCUGAUGGAACUCUUUCCUGCCAACAAACGGAGCUGCGAGCAUUUCUCUAAGUACUUUACUGACGCCGGGCUGAAGGAGCUGUCUGACUUUGCCCGCAACCAGCAGUCAAUAGGUGCGCGCAAAGAGCUGCAGAAGGAGCUCCAGGAGAUGAUGUCCCGCGGGGACCCUCAGAAAGAGAUCAUUGCCUUCACCAGAGAGGAGAUGAAGAAGGCCAACCUUUCUGAGCAGGCCAUGAUUGGCCUCAUCUGGACCAGCCUUAUGAGCUGCGUGGAGUGGAACAAGAAGGAGGAGCUGGUGACCGAACAAGCCAUCAAACACUUGAAGCAAUACAGCCCUCUGCUGAAGGCCUUCACCUCCCAGGGUCUGUCCGAGCUCAGCCUGCUGCUGAAGAUCCAGGAGUACUGCUACGACAACAUCCACUUCAUGAAAGCUUUUCAGAAGAUUGUGGUGCUCCUCUACAAAGCUGAUGUUUUGAGCGAGGAGGCCAUAUUGAAGUGGUACACUGAAGCCCACGUCGCCAAGGGGAAGAGCGUCUUCCUUGAGCAGAUGAAAAAAUUUGUUGAGUGGCUGAAAAAUGCCGAGGAAGAGUCCGAGUCUGAGGAGGAGGAGGCCGACUAAAACCUCCAGUCACAAGAGCUGGAGGUUCUUCUUUUUCUUUGUUUUUGUAGCAGCAGGAGCAGUAGAAUGUCUAAACCCUUCCUCUACCUCCUGUUACUUAUUUACACCCCCCCCCCCACACACACACACACACACACACUCCAAUCACUGAAGCAUCAAAGCAGUAUUUAAAUUAAGAAGGCCUCUGUCCUUUGCAACUCGAGGUGAAAUCUGAAACGAUGAUCUCUACCUGCAUCCUCAAUAAUUUGGACUCAAGCAGUCUGUGCGAUUUGUGUCUGGAUCUGGAACCGGUUCCGUUUAUAUUUAGGUUUGAGCCAGGCCGGUGCGGGGCUGAGUCGAACCUUAUUACAGUUUUGCCAAAGUUUUUCUUCUCCUGUCUGUUAAAAUGAGUUUGUUUACCCAGGAAUUUUUUUUUUACUCCGGGUCGACCUGUGAUGCCCUCUGAGGUCUCUCUGGUCAGUCCGUCAGAUACGCCACUCCCCUGUAAGAUGCCUCGCCAGCUACCUGAUAAUUGUCAGUUUCUACUUUCUUUAAUCUGAUACCAAUUUGACUUUUUUAUGACAUAAUAAAGAUUAUGGAGAUGGUU